ACUAAAACAGAGCCACUGAUUGAUUCAUCAGCGCUUGAUUGAAGGGCAGUGGAUUGUUGACCUCGUGCCACUUUCCCAGGCCGCCAAAAUUAGAGGCUCUUCUGUUCUUUCCGUGUCAGGCUUCAGAAAGCGUUCUCGAAGGCCGUCGCCGCCGGAACGUUCUCUGACGGGAGGAAUGUGAGGAAUGUGAAGGGGAGACUCGCACCACGGUGUACAGGCUGCUGAUCUCCUGUGCCGCACGCUAUGACCAAACCCCAUCAUCCGUGCUCGGUUGGUUCCAACCGUCUGUAGAGUCCGAUCAGACGGGAGCUCGAGGUCUGCGUUAAAAUGUCUGCGUGUGGAGAGUUUGCAGAGCACGUGUGGAAACCAGGCUCCUGUAAGAACUGCUUCCAUCCUCGCAGCGCUCACGGACAGACCGGCACGGCGGGAGGCGCUGGUGUCCGAACGAGUCUGAUCGGAGAAGACGAGGAUGGGGUGACGUCUCCCUCUCCGUAUAGCAAACCCACCAUCGCUGUCAGACCCACCAUGAUGAACAUGGACGUCACAAUGGAGGUCAAGACAGACAUCAACAUGAAUACAGAACAGAACAACCAGAUGACCUCUGUAGGACUGAAGAAAGCUCUGGAUUUGGCUCCUCUGUACAUCGAUAGCAAUGGAUGUAAUAAAUCUCUUAGAGAAACCGUAAUACAAAACGGCAUCUCUGGAAAGAAGUUCUCCGCAAACAUUUGUUCUCCCACUGGAUUAUCCAAGGACUGCAUGAUUAUCAGCAAUAUAAUUAUGAGUCAGGAAGAUGGCUGUGUUCCCCACAGUCUGAAAGAGAAUGGGAACAGUGGCUCCUAUAGACAGAUGACCAAAGCGGUCAAGAGCACUUACGCCAAUGGAGAUCUAUGUCUUCACAACGGGACUGGAAACAGUGAUGGAGUUACAAGUCCUCUAAGGGCAUCCGUAGAGGAAAGGCAAGCCAGAACCGCACCAGGGAAUGUGGUUAAUGGAUCGUCCAAUGAGACGCCAGGUACUUCACCAUCUCCAAUGACUCCAGACUCCUUCCACAAAAGCCUGUCGGACUCGUGUUCCAAUCGGAGCAGCGUGGAUUCGUUACCAGGACUCCGGAGCCCUCAGAAGUCUCCAGGUUCCACUAGCAUUCCACUAAACGGGCUUGAGGAAAGUGAGCCGAUCUAUGCUGAGAGCACCAAGAGGAAAAGACGACUCAAUGCUCAGUGUGAUGGGAAGGCUCCGCAGUCCUCCGAGUCUGAAACCGAGGUCAACGUAAGCGACAAUCAAAGAGCGACUAUUACAGUCAUGGCCGCCCAUACUGAGGAAAACAACCGGACGUUCUACUUGAGCAGUCCGGAUUCUGCCGUAAGCACCCAAUGGACCCACUUCAGCCCAACCACGCCCAAGGACCCAUCAAGCCCAGCGUUCACUUGGCCAAAUGCUCCUGAUGCCAUUGAAACAACCCAACCCAAGCCUCAAUCGAGUCCCCCAGUUCCCCCUAAGAUCAGCACUCGUCCACCAAGACUUGGUACCUCUAGUCUCUCCCUAGUACCGUUACCCGAGCUCAGCUUUCACGUGGUUCUUCCUCCAAAUCAAGUGACCUCACAAGUGCAUGCCAGUGCUCCAACUCACGCCGUCCCGGAGUGGAGACACAAGUCCCACAGCGCCAGGAGUCUGGAGGGCUGUAUUGAUGAGGUGGAAGAGGAGGUCGAGUCUGAGGGGACGGCCAAGAGAUCGGGCUCUUCUAGUGGGCCGGGCGACUCCAUCAAUGGUCCUGCUGUUCCUUGCAUUGAGUCCAGAGAAUGGACGAGCGAGAGCAGUGCGAUGCCAGGCACCGCCAACAAAAGCACCAGUCAUUUGCAGGCGGAGGACAGCAGAGCCAAUGAGAGCUUGCUCUCGAGCCUGUCUCCUCUCAUUCACUCCAGUGAACCCAACACCAGUCGGGAUCCUGCACCGCCUCCGCCACCUCCCAAAAAACACCACCGGUGAGAGCUACCUCCUUAUUUUAUGCUGUUUGCCAUGUUGGUUUUACU